GUUUAGCUACGGUCCAAUGGAAAUCGAAAAUAAAACAACAAUUUCAUCAAAUGAUUGUGGCAAUGUUUGCCGUGUUUGUCUUGCAACAAAUCAAAAUAAUCAAUGCAUUUUCGAUAGUAGACGAAGUGAUUCGAUUAAUGAAAGUACAAUUGAUUUGUCUGAAAAACUUCGUUUGUGCAGUGGUGUGGAGGUACUGGAAAAUGAUGGUUUACCUUCCACUAUUUGCACGAAAUGUAUAUUAAAGAUCAAUGAUGCCCAUGAAUUAAGGAGGCAAUGCCAGCAAUCUGAUAUCCAAUUAAGAGAAUUGUAUGGUAAAGUGGAAAAAAUAUAUAAUAUCAAUUUAUGUAAAACUACAAAAGAUAAAUAUUCCCAGACUGAUUAUUCAUUUACUUCUGAUUUAAUCAAAAUUGAAGCUGAUUCAUUUUCUGCAAUGGGUUAUAAUUCUUAUCCAAUGGUAAUGCUUAAUUCUAAUACUAAAGACAUAAAAGAUCAUGAAGUAAUUAAUGAAUCAAAGUACGCAGAAGAUAAAGAAUCCACUAGUAACUUAAAUAAACAAAAUGCCUAUAUUAAAUGUAAACAAACAGAAUAUGAAAAAAGUGUUACAGGAAGAGAAGUUUAUCGAACAAGAAGAAUGACAAUGUUUAAAAGAGUAACAUCUAUAGAAAAUUUAAAAAAUCAUAAAGAAAGACAGAGACAAUAUAUAAAAAAGAAUACAGCUGUUAAAUGGGAUGAUGAUGCAGCAGAUAUUAAAAAGACAGAUUCUCAAUGUUCUUAUAGUUGCCCCAAAUGUACCAGGUGCUAUUCCAGCAAAAGAUCUUUGGAUAGACAUAUAUUAACUCAUGAUGAAAAGAAAUUCACAUGUGAUAAAUGUAACAAACAUUUUUUUCAGCUUGAUAAAUUGAUACAACAUAAUAAACUACAUAUUGUUAAAGAGAAACCUAAACCAGUAUUGUGUAAAAUAUGUAAUAGGAAUUUUAGGAAAACUGAUACUAUGGUAAGACAUUUAAAUGUUCAUAAAAGAACUAAUCCAAAGGAGGUCCUUUCUAUUCUGAAAGAAAUUAGAGAUAAAAGAAAAUUGGAAAUCAUAACUGAACCAGAAAAAAAAGAAGUUGAAAAUAAUAAAGAUAAAAAAGAAACAGAGGAAGAAUUUGCUACUAAUGAGAAUAAUACUUUAAGUGUCCUAAAAAAAAAGACUUUAGAAUCUAAAGAUAAAAAGUGUUCUGGCUCAUUAUCUACUGAACUACUAAUAUCUACUGAAAACUUUGAUGCUUUCGAUCAUGAGACACUUUAUCGAUGUAACUACUGUACCAAACGUUAUGCAAACGAAAAAUCUCUUCAGAAACAUUUACAGAUUCAUAUUGAAAAAAGAUUUGUUUGCAAUGUAUGUAAUAUGAAAUUCUUUCGCCAAGAUAGAUUAAAUAGUCAUAAAAAUCGAUAUGGACAUAAUGAAAAUUCAGCAUUAGAAGUGCAAAAACCAAGUGACGAUAAGUCAGCCAUUAAAUUAAUAAACAGUUGGAUCCGAGAGGAGCUUGAUUCAGAUAACGAGGAAAAGGGUUUUCCUUGUAAAAUUUGUGGAAAAUCAUACGAUACAAAAAAAUCCUUACUAAAGCAUCAAUUAAGUACACAUAAUACAGAAGGAGAAAACUGCACAACGUGCGGUAAGAUGUGUGCCUGUGACGAGAAGGAAAAGAAUCAACAUAAAUCAAACGAAAGAUUAAAACCAUAUCGAUGCGGAGAAUGUAAUAAAUCCUUUGAAAAGGAGGUUAAAUUACAAAAACAUAUAAGAAUCCACGAGCGCGCUAAGGAACAGCAAGAUGUAAAUUUUAAACGAUUUUUAUGUCACAUAUGUAGCAAAACCUUUAGACAAAAUACAGGUCUUAUGUUCCAUAUGAGGACGCAUACGGGAUAUAAACCUCAUGUUUGUAAAUAUUGUGGAAGAGGAUUCACUUCAAAUUCUAAUUGUAUCAAUCAUGAAAGAACUCAUACUGGUGAUAGACCGUUCGUUUGUCAUUUUUGUAGUGCUGCUUUUGCCAAAUCAUGUACGCUUAAAGCACACAUUACAACACAUACUGGAGAAGCAAAUUAUCAUUGUAAAACUUGCGGUAAAUCGUUUAGGCGAUUAAAGUACUUAAAAGAACACAAAUUUACGCAUACGGGGGAAAAACCAUAUGCUUGUAAGAUUUGUGGUACUGCGUAUAGCCAUUCUGGUAGUUUAUUCGUACAUGAGAAAAAGUGUAAAGCGCAAUAUAAUAGUUAUCAAUCCAAUUCGACACAAAAUAUGCAAACCUAUUGCGAAUCGGAAACGUCUUCACCAACCUCUAUCAUUACCGUUUUACCGCAAGUUUAUUUAAAUAAUACUAAUGCGAUAAACACACAAAGUAGCAAAACCUAUAUGGACAAUAUUCAAAAAAUAAAUUCUCAGAAUAUUGCUAACAUAAAUGCUGUUAAUACAUCAGAUUUACAUAUUCACUCGAAUUCCGAAAUUUCUGAUGUUUCUUUAGCUGUUAAAAGUUUCGCUCUUAUCGGACAAAUGUUUCAAUCGUAGAUUAAUACAAUGAAUGACUGAUGAAAUUCAAAUUGAAAUGUUUCUGUGAUAAAUUUUUAUUUUGCAAAUGUGUUUCAAUUAUUACUUGAAAUAUAUUUUGCAUGGAUAAAAAGGAAUAAUAAAUGUACGAAAUGUUUUCUAUUGCAUUUUGAAGUGGUAUCACUGGUUGCAUAUUUCAUGCAUUGUAAAAUAUGGGAAUGGGAUUAAUUUUAUUUUAUAAGUUUUCUUAUUGUAUAUAAAGUUUUGCAAUUAGGGUGAAGGAUAGUUUAUCAAAUAAAAAGGCUAAAGUCAAUCCCUUUUUCAUUAGAUCUUUUCUUAUUGAAGUAUAUGUAACUCAUGUCUUCGUUUAAACAGUUAAAAAUAUUAAUAUACAUAUCUUUAUAUCGAAAUUGAUACAUUUCUUAAUCGAGAUAUAACUAUCUAUUUUAUUGUAAAACAACCACAAAAUAUUAGGCGACUAUGGUCAUUGGUUUAGUCCAGAGCUUGAAGUUGGCGAAUCUAAGUUCGCUUAGUUGCAGCAUCUCUUCCAUAACUGUAUAUACUUUAUGGAAUAUGUACUUAUAUAUGCGCACAAUAAUGUACUACAAGAGUGGUAAAAAAUGUGGUUAAAGAUGAUACAUACGAAUAUCAUCGAUUUUGCGGUUAUCUAAACACGUUUGAACUAUUCAAAUAUCUUUCCUUUAAUUUUUUACUUGUUGUAAAUAAAAAUUUAAAAGGAAUUACACUUCUUGUAAAUAGUUCGAUGAAUAUUCGAUAAAUUAACAUUUAUGUGAUAGAUUUAUAUUGAUUCACCUCCAUUUUAGCAAUUUUUUUUAUGUAUUUAAUCUUGAUUUAUGCAAUUUAAUGAAUUCAUCAUUGUCGGAUUCAUAUAUUCAAUAGUAAUUUACUAAAUUACUAAGUAAAAUGUUAUUCUUGCGAUGAAACUUGUACAUUACACGUAGGAACUAUGUGGUCAGAAAUUGUAGAAUGUUUGAAAGAUGCGUCUUUAGUGGCAAAAAUACAAAAUUGUUUUGGUGUCAAAA